AUGACAGCUUCAUUUUCAAUAUCUAGUGCUCCAACGAUGCUCUCUAAUGAAAUUGAAAUCACCGUUCAGAGAAGUAAUCACCCUCUUACACAUUUGCUUCAUGAUUCAAAAAUUGGAGAUGUCAUCCAAGUUUCAGGACCACAGGGCAAUUUUUAUUUCAAUGUUAGUGAUCUACGGUUUGAAAAUAUCAAACAUUUAGUUCUUAUUGCUGGUGGCCUUGGUGUCACACCCUUAAUAUCGAUCAUGAAAUACAUUUCUGGAAAUAUGCUCUAUUUCUAUCAUGUCACAUUAAUAUAUUCUGCAAGUACGGUUGAUGAUUUUUGCUUUGUGAAUGAUAUUUCAAAUAUUGUCAGCAACUUUCCGAAUAUCAAGUGUAAACUUUUGGCCUCAACAUCUCCAACCAGCUCAAUACCACAAGCACUAGAGCCGAUAUUGACAAGUGACAGAAAAAUUGAUGUCCAUUAUUUGAAAAAUAAUUUGAAUGAAGAACAACGAAAAGAGGCAAUAUUCUUUGUAUGUGGUCCAAUCAGUAUGGUCAAGGAUGUUUCAGCAGCUCUUCAAGAAUUAUCUGUAGACAUGGAUAGAAUAUAUCAUCAAUAA